AUGGUGAUAAGUGUACCUCCAAUGAGGAUCAAAGUUCUCACUCCUUACUACACCCCACAGCACUACUCCUUACUAAACCCCACAGUACCACUCCUUACUACACCCCACAGCACCACUCCUUACUACACCACACAGUGCCACUCCAUACCACACCCAACAGCACCACUCCUUAACUACACCCCACAGUGCCACUCCAUACUACACCCCACAACACCACUCCUUACUACACCCCACAGUAGUGCUCCUUACUACACCCAAGUUGACACUCCAUACUACACCCCGCAGUGCCACUCUUUACUAUACCUAACAGUGCUACUCCAUACUACACCCCACAGUGACACUCCAUACUACACCCACAGUGCCACUCCAUACUACACCCCACAUGUCACUCCUUACUACACCCCACAGUGCCACUCCAUACUACACCCCACAGUGCCACUCCAUACUACACCCCACAGUGACACUCCAUACUACACCCCACAGUACCACUCAAUACUACACCCCACAGUGACACUCCAUACUACACCCAACAGUACCACUCCAUACUAUACCCCACAGUACCACUCAAUACUACAGCCCAGAUUGACACUCCAUACUACUCCCCACAGUGACACUCCAUACUACACCCCAGAUGUCACUCCUUACUACACCCCACAGUGCCACUCCAUACUACACCCCACAGUGCCACUCCAUACUACACCCCACAGUGACACUCCAUACUACACCCCACAGUACCACUCAAUACUACACCCCACAGUGACACUCCAUACUACACCCAACAGUACCACUCCAUACUAUACCCCACAGUACCACUCAAUACUACAGCCCAGAUUGACACUCCAUACUACUCCCCACAGUGACACUCCAUACUACACCCCAGAGUGA